UUCGUAAUAGCAAAAUGUCGAAACAUAAAGGCGUCAAUGCGCGUUGAUUGUGGCUACCAUGGAAUUAGUCCGUUGGAUUGCUUGAGAAAGGGAUGUUGUUAUGGCGAAUUAAAGGUGGCUGGCCCGUGGUGUUAUCAUCGAAAAGCAAACUGUCCCAUGAUUGAAGCAAACAAACGUGAAGAUUGUGGUUACCCUGGGAUAAGCAAAUCAGAUUGCGUCAAAAAAGGAUGCUGUUACAACGCGAUCAAGGAAAAGGGACCGUGGUGUUAUUACAGGCAAGAAAAAUGCCGGAAAAUAGCAGCAACAAGACGUCAUGAUUGUGGUUAUCCAGGCAUAACGAAGCGGGCAUGCGAGAAGAAAGGCUGUUGUUAUAGUGAAUUGCUAAACCAAAGUGGACCGUGGUGCUACCACCGCCUAGAAAAAUGUCUGCGCAAAGCAACAGAACGUGACGACUGCGGCUAUCCUGGUAUAACAGAAUUCGAAUGCAUGAAAAGAGGUUGCUGCUAUAAUUCAUUGCCCGGUCGUGGGCCAUGGUGUUAUUACCGAUGAGAUACGAGGACCUUCGGAAGAUUAUAUGCGAACUUUAGUGUACUCAUUGUUGUAAAAAUAUGUUGUCAAAUAAAUACCUCUAAUAUAUGAACUUUU